AUGCCGGAUGAGCCACGGCGCAUUGUCUUGGAGAAAUCCAAGACCGUUCGACGCCGGUACCAGCGCAGCAACCAACGAUUCAAAUUCAGUGCAUCCCAGAUCGAACGGCUAGACCGCGAAGAGGAACGAGAGAAGAAGGCGAAACAGCUCCGCGAAAAGGACAAAAAGCGCGCUGCUGCUAAGAAACGGAAAGCCGAACAGGAGGCUCGCGUUCGCGAGGAGCGCAAGCGCCGCGGCAUCCCCGACCCUAAUGCACCCCGCGUUCCGUCAAGCCAGCCACUUCUAUCUAUGUUCCUGGGCGCGGGGAAGACAACACCUGCCCCUGCGACCGAACCGGAACCGGAACCAGAACCAGAACCAGAACCUGCUCCUGCCCUCGAACCUGCCUCUGCCUCUGAGUCCGAACCUGCACAUACCACUACCGAGACUGAAGCACAUGGCUCUGAGGGAGGCUCGGGUCCAGGAAGCGAGGCUGGUGACACCGAAGCCGGAUCAGAUGCGUUUGACGACUUGGAUGAAACAGUGGAACGCGAUCUAUUCGAAUUGAUCGACGGCGUCGCAAACCCUACAGAACCUACAGUCGACAAAGAAAACCACACUGCCCCAAAUGACGACUGCGACGAGUUCUCAGACUGUUCAGCCUUUGAAGAUAUCAUACAUCAAGCUGAUGCGACCGCUACGCGAAUAACUGACGAAGAAAAGAAUGAACCUGCCCUACCUGAGCCACCCCGGCGCCCGCUUCCCUCCCAGCGACCGAAUGCCGUACCUGCACUACCCGUGGAGUCUUCAUUUGGAGAUUCUUUCCAAUUCGAUGCAGCAGAUUUCCUCGAGGCCGAAGCAGCCAUUCUGAAGACACCAAUCGAGACUAGACCUCGUUCCCCAUUGCAUAGAACCCCACUUCCACAACCCAAAUUGGAACAGCCGCGCAGCAUGCCUGCAUUGCCAUCCUUUGCAAAUUCCUCCUUCCGGGAUGAAACUGCCGAUUGGAUGGAAGAGGCUUUUGCCUUUGACGGCGGCGACCCUUUUGAUGAACCUCAUAAGAUACCCCUACAAUGA